AUGGCCAUGGUUUCUCGACGGGUCUCGUACUUUGCCCGUACUGAAAUCCUGGACGCCAUGGACACGUACCUAAACACGCUCAAUCGUGCGCAGCUAGACUGCGUCCAACACUCGCCCUCUGUCCCACUUCAGAUACUCGCAGGCCCAGGAAGCGGAAAGACGAAAGUACUCACCUCACGCAUCGCACACCUCAUACUCCAGCAUCGACUCGAGCCCGGUUCAAUAUGCGCCGUUACGUUCACGAACAAGGCCGCGAACGAGAUGCGGACGCGUUUGACGAAGCUUAUUGGGAGCGAACGGACAAACCAGGUCAAGAUGGGCACCUUUCACUCUCUGUGCGCACUUUUCCUUCGGAAGUAUGGGACGAGUGUGGGGCUGGACGGGAACUUCACAAUAUGCGAUGCGGACGAGAGCAAGAAGAUUAUCGCGGGUCUACUCAAGGAGCAAAAACAAGUCUUAGCAGCCCAAGAUAUCUCCUUGAAGGAAGCCACCAUUCUCUCCAUGAUCUCAAAGGCCAAAGCAAAAGGUCACACUCCGGAUCACCUCGCCUCGGUCGCUCAGACUAUGCCGAAUGGCAUACAAGGCGAAAUCAACGCUGUCGUCGCUGAACUGUAUCGAGACUACGAGAAAGCGCUGCGCACGAGCAACAGCUUGGACUUCGACGACCUCCUUGUAUUCGGUGUGAAACUCUUUGCCCAUUAUCCCGAACGCGCCGCGUGGUGCCGACAUGUUCUCGUGGACGAGUUCCAGGAUACUAAUACGGUGCAGUACGAGCUCAUGCGGUGCAUAGCCGCCACCAGUAAAUGUGUCACCAUCGUCGGUGACCCCGACCAAUCAAUUUACGGGUGGCGGUCAGCAGAGAUAGGCAAUCUCAGAAAGAUGCAUAUAGACUUCCACGGUGUGAAGCAAAUCUUCUUGGAGCAGAACUAUCGAUCGGCCGGCUCUAUACUGGAUGCAAGCGUUGCCAUCAUUUCACAAGAUAAGGCGCGUGUCCCCAAGACUUUGCGCACCUCUUUCGCGACGGGACCGCGGCCUGUUCUUCGGUCCUGCAUGAAUGAGCACGAGGAAGCUUCCUUCAUUGCCCAUGAGAUCAAGCGGAUUGUCGCGCAUACAGGCGGUUUACUCGGCUAUGGCGACUUCGCGGUUCUGCUCCGCUUCAAUGCCCUUUCCCGAGCGAUAGAAAGCGCGUUGCAGAAGGAGGGCAUACCGAACCGAAUCCUGGGAGGCCAUAAGUUCUUUGAGCGUGCCGAAAUCAAAGACCUACUAGCCUAUCUUCAGCUCAUUGACAAUCCUCAGUUCGCGCCAGCCUUCAUUCGAGCCGUCAACACGCCAGGACGAGGCAUAGGAGAGAAAGCACUAUCAGAGAUCUUAUUGAAGGCAGAGCAUCUCAAGCUUACACCCCUUGCUGUCGUAGAAUCGAUUUGCGACUCGAAGAUCCCUGACUUGAGCAGUCGUCUCGCGGUUAAACGUAAACUGAACUCCUUUGUCACUGCUAUUCGCCAACUGCGUCAGUUGGCAAACGGGGGUACAUCACCGGCAGAUCUGAUCACUCGACUUCUCAAGCUUGUUGACUACGAAGAUCAUCUGAAGAGGACACAGCCUGACUGGGAGACACGAUGGGAGAACGUACAGGAGUUGAUUAACUUCGCCAGCGAGGCCAACAACGAGCCUGCGCCUUUCACCCUCGAGGAUGAAAGUCCUUCCCAGGAUCCCGAAUCCUCUGAGACGCCUCUCCGCCGCUUCCUGCAGGCUUCAAUGUUGUCCUCUCAGGGUGAUAACGAAGCUGAAGUCGAUAACAAGGAGAAAGUCACGAUCACGACCUGUCAUGCGGCAAAGGGUCUCGAGUGGCCAGUUGUUAUGAUCCCUGCGGUCGAGGAUGGUACUUUUCCUUUCUACCGCACGGAGGACACGGAGGAAGAAAGGCGCUUACUCUAUGUUGCGUGCACGCGAGCACAAAGCCUCCUCUACCUGUCACAUUCCUCGAGCAGGAAAACUGCGGGUCAGUCGCAGAGAAAGUCUGUCUCCGAUUUUGUCUCUGCUGUACGAAAGCAGCGCUCGGAUCUAUUCUCGGAUGAGGCACCAACUCUCGCGGCUGCGGAUAGAGGGCUCAUGGCGAAAAUCCUUAACAGAGGUGACCGGGUGCCGUCCGAGACCGAUGUGCAGGAGAAAAUUAGACAAUUUGAGCUCACGACGCGUUCAUCUCGUCCUUCUCGCCAGGAAACGUUCGGGGCGAGUUACUAUUCGAAAGGUUUUGGCUCUGCGCGAGGGUUUAACUUCGAUGUACCAACCACUACAUCAUACUUUCAGAAUGCUUCCUCUUACCCAGGGUCGAGAUCACGAUCAAAAUCGCCAAGGCGGCGUAUGUCAACCUCCGCUUCGUCGAGCGGGGCCACCCCACGUUCACCGACGCAGAGUGUUCAAUCCCUGGCACCAGUCAAUGAGCUGCUCGGCCAGCACAAGGCUCAUCCCGUCCAAACAACUCUCAGCUUCUCAGCGAAGGGCCCCCUGCCUCCGAUGUCAUGCGGCGCAGCACCAGGUGCCCAUAAACCCCAGAAUCUCCCUAGUUCCAAGCCUCUGCAGCCAAAGGCCUUUCCCUCAUCUAACAAUCGCCCACCGCACCCUCCCCCGCCUCUGAAAGCUCAAAGCAUCUCUUCAUCUCCGUCAUUGAAGCCGGGGCCAACAACCCAGUCGUCCUCACCUUCGUUGCCGCCGACCUCAGCAUACGCAGAGACAGGAGUCAAGAGACGACUUGGAAUGGGACGUACGGCGAACGGGUAUUCCAACAAGAAGUUCAAGGCCCCUGUGACCUGA